ACGUAUCAUAGGUCAGAAUGUCAAUCCCUCUUUUUAUACUGCGUUACCAUAUAGUUUAAUAUAUCUAUGGUGUUACAAUAAAUAGAUUCGUGAACUGCAAUUUUUCACAGUUUCUUAUACAGAAAUUCGUUGGCUAACAUCGGGAAAAGGGAAUAUAAUAGAAUAAUUAUCGAAAAUGUUACAAACGCAUGUUAUAUUCUGUAUCCUCAUGACGGGGAAAAUUUUCUACACCAACGGUUCACCCAUGAUGCUGCCACCACGAGCUCAAGGAUUACGAACUGACUACACAUAUACGCCUGGUAUCGGUGCCCAUAAAUUGCACACCGAUGUGGCAAGAUGGAAGGACGCACAAACGAUUUGUGAAGGUGAAGGUGGUAAUCUAGCGACAAUUAAUUCUGCAGCUGAGGCUGAAGUGAUCAAACAACUAUUUAGAGAAUCGCCUCGUCACCCUGGAUCAUAUCACUCGUCAUAUGCAUUGAUUGGAUUUUAUCGGAACCCUCAGAGAAACGGUUUUUUAACAGUAGAUGGACGACCUUUGGAAAACUCGGGUUAUUUUCUUUGGCAACCUACGGAACCGAACAAUCUCUACGGGGGUGAAAAUUGCGGAUCAGUUGGCUCCGAUGGAUUGUUAAAUGACAUACAUUGUAAAAAAAAGUUCGCAUUUAUUUGCGAAUUGAGUGAUCUGAACGUACUUCCUCUUUCAUAACGAGUGUCGAAUGACGAUAUUAAUGUAGUCGUGAAAUUUAUCAUUUCUCGCACAGCGAUUAUGAUCUUUGGAUGUAAAAAUUUGUAAUGAAUAAAAAUGACAAAAUAUCAUUUCGAAUAUACAUCUGUAUGUAUUUUUUUUUCUAAUUUAUUAUAAAACCAUGUUU